AUGUUUUGUUUAGGUGUCUUGCUGCGAUGCGUGGGAAAGGAAAUUGCACUGCCCUCGUCCGCCGAGGUUGCCGUGCUGAGGAAGGUGCUCUGCCCGACGAUUCAGCCAUCGGAGCUGGCCUCCCUUGCCGCCGACACCGCGGCAGUGAUGCGGCGACUGAAUAUUCCUCGGACAGUCAACAUCCUUGAGCUCUUUGCACAGCACGGUGUGCGUCACGAGGAUCUCAUGCUGACAGGCCUCUGGAAAGUAUUCAAGGCGGACUGGCCAUUCCUCGCUGGAAGGGAUGAAACGGGUGUGGUGCGGGAAUUUGCUGCAUGUACGGCGAAAACUUUCCGUCUAAUGUGUAAAGAAGGGUUUGUGCAUGACCCGCAGUUACUAGCCAUCGCUUUUGGGAGAUGUGUGGAAUGUGCCCCCCACUUGCCGUUGCACGGCGUCGUGGACGCCUACGAGGGGGUUGAGCUCUUUGGUCGGCGCUACUUUAGUCUGGCAGAGGUGGCUUUGUACGCGGACGGGGCCGAUGCGGAUCCACAGGCACUUGACGCUGCCAGGGAGCCUCCCUCCGCUGCAGCCCUGUCCAGUCAACCCAACCUUGUGGAUGUGCUCUGUGGUGAGUUGGAGUCGCGGUUGCGGCUGGCAAUAGAUGCGGGGUGUGAGCACGAUUCCGCUGACGUUGUGCGGCUCCUGCACUCGCUGUCCGCUCUGGGGGUGAUGGAUGCCAGCACCCUUGCCUCCCUCCGAAGACUGAUUGCGUCCAUGAACAUAACCACUGAACUGUUCCUGGACCUCCUGGCAGGCGUGCAUGGAAUUCAUACGCGCGUCAUGGAUGUCUUGGAGCACGCGGGCGAUGACGCCUGGUUGCUGUCCGAGCGUUCGGCUCUGGUGAAGGUGAUAACGGAGAAGCUUCCGCCGCAGAGCCUGUUUGGUGGCCGUCGCCGCUGCGACCCACAGCUGGUCUUGCGGUUGCGACGGCUGUUUGAGAUGUAUCCCACCCUGGCAGAGGAUGCCCCACGCCUGUGGGACGCCGUCCGCGUGGUCCGUGUGGCGCACAGGCAUGCGACAAGCCAUAAGGAGAAGAAGCACCGUCUCGGGGGCGCCUUGUUUAGGCCCGAGUACGCAGUGAAGGUGAAACGCAUCAUGCCGGAUCGAUCAGAGGCCGAGCGGUUUGUGCCACCGCAGUUUAAAACGUGGCGUGGGAUUGGUGCCAGAAACGGUCGACAUCAGGGAUCUGCGACACCGCAAAAGAUGGGCUUCGGCACGCGCCGCAUAUCGAGUAACUACAUCAAGCAAAAGCGAAGAAAGUUUGCUCCUGCUGUCUGGUGA